AUGUUAAAUUUAUAAACCAUAUUAAGAGGAUUUGAAGAAAAUGGAUUAAAAUAGGAGAGUAUGUAUAAGGCGGAUGAAAUAUUGGCAAAAUUAGAUGCUAUGGGAAGGAAGGAAUUUGAUAGAGACAUUGCAGAAUAAUUAUUUUAACAAUGCAAACCAACUCAAUUAAAUUUGAAAAUGGUUUAUAGACUUGCCGAUAUUGGCUAAACAAUCCUAGAUGCAAUAUCGAUAUAAGGAGAAAAGGCAAAGAAUGCUGAAUAAUAACUUAGAUAAAUUUAAUAAAAUAAAGCAAUUUGCGAAAAUCAAUUAGCAGAAACAUGUUUGUUAUAAAUCUAUCAUUAGCUGUUUAUUCGGAUACUAGAUACUUAUUUCUGACGUUAUUAUGUGUAAAAAACAUUCCUUUAAAUCUUAAAUACUCAAAUUGUCAUAUUUAGUUAACUUUAGGGGUUAUAAAUUAAAUUGCAAAACCGGAAUCGCAAUAUGAUAAAGUCAAUCCUGAAUUCAAUCAAGACUUCGAAUUGUAAACCUAUUAUUAUUCAAAACCUAUUCUAGUUCUGUCCCCCCACUGAUAUCUACUCUUCAAAUUCAAUUUUUCAUCAGAACAGAGAAUACUUUACCUAUACUCUGGGGCUCAGCCUAAUUGAAGAUCCAAUAAUUGGACGAUUAGGUGAUCAAACAAGUGGAGUUGAAAUUAGUAGAUCCAGUAGGUAGAGAACUAGGUUCUUCUGUUGAAAUGGAGGCACAAAUUGUGUUGAACAAGGUAAUUUAGAUGUUGUUAUUAGAUAACAGCAUCAAUAUUUAUAGGCUUAACUAUAGAAAUUUGAAUAGAGAAUUUUUACUUUGGAUAAUGAUUUGAUAGAAUAUAGGAAUAAUCUAGAAAUAAUCGAGAGACCUUUCAAAGCAAAGCAAUUAUCAAAGGAAUAGACUAAUAAAUAAUUGUCAUCGAAUAUUUUUAAUUAACAACUACACACUUCUUAAAAUUAAUAAGAAUAAGAUCAAAAUAUCUAUGAAAUGGAUUAACAAUAAAAUUAAUUAAAUUCUCCCUAAGAAUAAAAGGAAUAAAUCUGGUCUAUUCUAUAGUCUGAUAAAUAACUAGAAAUUUAGGAUGAAACUCCAGAAGCCCCUGAGAUUCUUCAACAUGGAGUUAUCAUAUUCACCAUAUAUGGAUUAAUCACCUUGUUUGUGUGUUCUGCCAAACCUUCUUUUCUAGAUGUAAAUUACAAUUCAAUCUUUAAUAUAGGUGUUGGUCUGUCAUGGAUUGAUGUUCACUAUUUUGAUGGAUAGAUUUGACCCAUUCCAUAUUAAGUUGGUUGGAGCAGGACUCCUGGCUUCAAUUUUAUACGAUAUUUUGUGGAUGAAACAAUAUCACGUAAUGAAUUAUCUUAUAUACUUAGUUAUGGUGGUAUAGUGAUGAUUAAAAUAAUCCCGAAUGGGGAUUGAAUGCAGUCAAUUUAUUGAGGUUUGUUCUAAUCUUUACCUAUAUGUAAUUCCUAUACAAAGUAUUUUACUUAAAUUAUUAGUAGUUUGUUGUAUGUUAUUAUUUAUAUUAAUUUCAUAGAGAAUCCAUUGACCCGACUAAAAGGUAUGUGUUUACUAUUUGGAAAAUACAAUAUAAAGUGGGUAAAAGUAGAGAGAGUGUUUCUUGGCAAUGA